CAUCCCAGUCACUUGAUAACCACGAAAUUGUCAUCAUAUUUACCAUGGGUCUGAAAUUGGUUCCCAUAAUUAUUGCCAUUUUUUUGCAACUUAGCACAUCUCAGAAUGCGAUAGGUCCAUCGCCGAAGGUGGACCCGACCUGGGACAGCAUUGACGCGAGGCCGCUUCCAGCCUGGUAUGAUGACGGGAAGAUUGGGAUUUUUAUCCACUGGGGCGUCUACUCGGUCCCCUCCUACAUCAACGCCUGGUUCUGGUGGAGCUGGCUCAACGACGGCAGCCAAGCGCAUGAUGACUUCAUGAAGAAAAAUUUCGCACCGGGAUUCUCAUACGAGGAAUUUGGACCCAUGUUUACCGCGGAAUUUUACGACCCGGAUCAGUGGGCUGACCUAUUUCAAAAGUCUGGAGCGAAAUACGUCGUCCUGACAUCGAAGCACCACGACGGUUACGCUUUGUGGCCUUCGUCCCACGGUUUUGCUUGGAACUCCAUGGCUGUCGGACCCAAGAGAGAUUUACUCGGCGAUCUGGAGCAAGCCAUCCGGAAGACCGAGAUGCACUUCGGGAUCUACUACAGCCUCCUCGAGUGGUACCAGCCCCUCUACGUCGAGGAAACUGCCAACAAUUUCACCACCGACUUAUUCCCCACGCUCAAGUCGAUCCCCACGUUGAAAGAGGUGAUCACCAAGUACAGGCCGGACGUGGUUUGGAGCGACGGCGAGUGGUACGCGCCCUCCAGCUACUGGGGCGCCCUCGACUUCCUCGCCUGGCUCUAUAACGACUCCCCAGUCAAGGACACCGUCGUCACGAACGACAGAUGGGGCUCGGAAACCAGAGGCGUCCAUGGCGGCUUCUACAACUUUGAUGACAGGUAUAAUCCCGGCGUGCUGAUUCCGCACAAGUGGGAGAACGCCAUGUCGUUGGACAAAAGGGAGUGGACGCACCGGAGAGAAGCCGUCAUCGAGGACUUCCUCACACCCGAAGAACUCAUCGAGCAAAUCGUCGUCACCGUUUCAUGUGGCGGGAACAUUUUGAUAAACGUGGGUCCCACGAAGGAAGGCACGAUCCAAGUGAUUCAACAAGAGCGUCUUCUUCAAAUGGGCGAGUGGUUGGACGUCAAUGGAGACGCCAUCUAUAACACGACGCCAUGGGAGUUUCAGAACGAUACGGUCAACCCAAAUGUCUGGUACACGACGAGCAAGACGGACAGCAGGAUAUUUGCGAUGACGACAUCCUGGCCGGACACCUCGAUCCUUCACAUGGGCGCAAUUUCCGCCAGUCUCACCAGUCGCGUGGAGAUGCUGGGGUACGCGGACGUCUUGCAAUGGGUCGCGUCCCCCUCGAACGGAGGAAUCGAUAUCUUUCUCCCCCAAAUGCAGAGGGUUAGGUCAAAAUGGGCAUGGACGCUGGUCAUCACUCCACCAUAAAAACCCUAUUAAUCGUUAUAAAAAUAAAUCGAUGCCUUAAUUAAAGUAAUAUUUAACAAGGCAAAUAAACCGAUAAUGAUUAAUUGUCAAGUUCCUUCCCCGAG